AUGGCGACCGAGUUGACCGUCCAGUCGGAGCGCGCCUUCCAGAAGCAGCCUCACAUCUUCCUCAACUCCAAGUCUAAGGCCAAGUCCAAGAGAGUCGGAAAGGGUGGCCGAAGAUGGUACAAGGACGUUGGUCUGGGAUUCCGUACCCCCAAGACCGCCAUUGAGGGCAGCUACAUCGACAAGAAGUGCCCCUUCACCGGUCUCGUCUCCAUCCGUGGCCGUAUCUUGACCGGCACCGUUGUGUCCACCAAGAUGCACCGUACCCUCAUCAUCCGCCGUGAAUACCUUCACUACGUCCCCAAGUACGACCGUUACGAGAAGCGCCACAAGAACCUGGCUGCUCACGUCUCGCCAGCCUUCCGUGUUGAAGAAGGUGACCAGGUGACCGUCGGCCAGUGCCGUCCUCUGUCCAAGACUGUCCGCUUCAACGUUCUCCGUGUCCUCCCCCGCACCGGCAAGGCCGUCAAGUCCUUCUCCAAAUUCUAA